CGGCCAAAAGUUUGUACUGGCAGCCCGUUGACGACCCUCUCCCCCAUUUCUUCUCCCCCCCACGCCACGACGCAUUCCUUAAUUGGAUAUACGGUCAUUCGGUUCUCUUUCCGGCCUCAAAACCACAGAUCGCACAGAUGAAGAGACUCCAACCCCAACGAUGGAGCAGUUCGGUCCUUUCGCCGCAAGUCCGUGCUGGAUGUCGACUGCAGCGACGUAUACAACACGGUCUCCGAUACCAGACGACAACGACUCCAUUCCCUGUCACGGAGGCUGAAGCCAAACAACCGAUUCAGGACCUAGUCCCUCCGCCAAAGAAACGCUCCUCUCGCUCAGCAAUCUCCAAGCACUCCCUCCCUUCUCCACCUGUCAAGGCCGCACGCGAGUCCGCGAAACUCGCUGCGCUUCACGCACGACUCUACCUUCCUGCACGACUUCCCCUCGAGACCCUUGCUCGUACUCUUGUGGAUGAAUCGGCCGAUCCAAACCCAGAUUUCAACAACGAAUCCCUGGCUACUCUCGGUCAUGAUCUUCUGACCCAGUACACCUCCGAAUACCUCAUCUGCACAUAUCCCCGGCUUCCUAUGACGGUCAUCUUCGCCGCCAUGUACGCAUACGUCGGCCCAAAGACAUUGUCCGCCAUGGUGAAGGAAUGGGGUGUGGAAUUGGCUGUCGCCCCUGGUGGAGAGGUUGAUCCUGGUCACCUGCAGUUCAAAAGACUCGACCCCGGAGUCAACCCGAAUCAACCUCUCAAGAAUCCCAACAGACCUUACGAGAACGAAGCGACGUGGCGCAGGUCGAUCUCGUCGAAAAUUGUCUAUGAUGAUGUCUUCGGCGAACCCGUUAGGGCAAGCGUCGACCCGCGACAACAGGUUCAGUCGGCCGACCGAUACGCCGCGGGUGUGACUCCUGAGCAGGCCUGCUCUCAGUUCGUCCGCGCUGUCCUCGGCGCCAUCUACCUUCACGCUGGCCGACCUGCUGCCAAGCGCUUCUUCGAGCAGCACUUCAUCUCCCGCCAUCUCAACAUCUCUGAUCUUUUCAACUUCCGCGAGCCGGCUCGUGAUCUUUCCCGCCUAUGUGCCCGCGAGAACUUCGAGCCCCCGUAUGCCAAGAUCCUCAGCGAAACCGGUCGCUUGAGUCGGCACCCCGUCUUCGUCGUUGGCAUCUUCUCCGGCAAGGAUAAGCUCGGUGAGGGGUCGGGUUCCAGUUUGCUCGAGGCUCGGUCCCGGGCCGCCGUUGCCUCCCUUAAGGGCUGGUACCUGUACAGCCCGCUGAAUGUGCGUCUGCCCAAUUCGAUGGAAGAAGAGGGGGCUGCCCCAUGGAAGCCCGUGCACGUGGAUCUGGGAGAGGUGAUUGUUUAAAGAGGAGCGGUUCAUGAGAGCAGUAUUUGGAAACGGCGUCACAUUUUGAUAUAGACCUUGUCAAGGUGGUAAUCGACGGCAAGUGCAACAUUCACAUAUUAUUCCUACCGAUUUCGCAAUAUUCGCAAGGUUCUGUACAUUACGGGAAUUUCUACUUCAUCCGAUGUUUUCUAUCAUGUCGUGUUUCAUCUUCAUUUUUCAUUUUCUUACUAAGUUAUAAAGCUCGUCCCCUUUCUUUAUACCAAUAGAGAUUCGCAAUGGGAAGGGUGUGUGUGAUUGUUACCAAGACGCAAAAAUUGUUUGGCAGAUCCAAGCGGCUGGACCAACAUGUACUCAAUGA